AUGUUCUCUGCCAUGCUGAUGGACGCCUACCGUGAUGAACGUCCCGGGAUCCGCAUCGCCUACAGGACGGAUGGUCACCUGCUGAAUCAACGGCGGAUGCACUUCCAAUCGCGCGUAUCCGCAACCACCGUUCACGAACUCCUCUUCGCCGACGACUACGCCCUGAACACCACCUCGGAAGAGGAGAUUCAACGGAGCAUGGGCCUGUUCUCCACCGCCUGCGAGAACUUCAAUCUGGUCAUCAACACGCAGAAGACGGUGGUGAUGCACCAACCGCCACCCAACUCAGCCACAGCCCCCAACGCGCCGCUGCAAAUCAGCGUGAAUGGGACCCAACUUCAAGUGGUGGAGAACUUCCCGUAUCUGCGCAGUACUCUCUUCCGCAACACCAAGAUUGAUGACGAAGUCGCCAACAGGAUCUCGAAAGCCAGCCAAGCCUUCGGUCGUCUCCAAAACACUGGUUGGAAUCGUCACGGUCUUCAACUGAACACGAAGCUGAAGAUGUACAAGGCCGUCAUCCUGCCGACGCAACUGUAUGGAGCAGAGACCUGGACGGUGUACACGAGGCAGGCACGCCGUCUGAACCACUUCUGCCUCAGCUGUCUUCGUCGCAUCCUGAAGCUGAACUGA